CGGUGGGCAGGACUUCCGCCGGAAGUCGAGGAGGUCUGGGAAGUCUUGGAGGCGAGGUCUGGCCGGUUUCCUCCCUGCAGCUCCGGGGCUGGCGCCGUGCAGGUCCGGGUGGAGAUGGCUUGCGCCGCCGCGCGGUCCCCGGCCGACCAGGACAGGUUCAUUUGCAUCUAUCCUGCUUAUUUAAAUAACAAGAAGACCAUCGCGGAGGGGAGGCGAAUCCCCAUCAGUAAAGCUGUUGAAAAUCCUACAGCUACAGAGAUUCAAGAUGUAUGCUCAGCAGUCGGACUUAAUGUAUUUCUUGAGAGAAAUAAAAUGUACUCUAGAGAAUGGAAUCGUGAUGCUCAGUACCGGGGCCGAGUCCGGGUCCAGCUCAAGCAGGAAGAUGGCAGCCUCUGUCUUGUACAGUUCCCAUCACGUAAGUCAGUAAUGUUGUAUGUAGCAGAAAUGAUACCUAAACUAAAAACAAGGACACAAAAAACAGGAGGUGGUGACCAAAGUCUUCAGCAAGGAGAAGGAAGUAAAAAAGGAAAAGGAAAGAAGAAGAAGUGACCUGAUGUGAGAAUCAAGUCUGUGGUACCUACUGUAAGAGACAUGAAUGGGGGCCACUAAUUUGUAUCGGAGAGAAACAAGCUUUUUGUUGGCAUCAUUUAACUGAACUGUGGACAGUUGUGCCGCCUAGCUUCAGCAUCAGAGUUGACAGUGAAAUAAAUGUACAUCAAAAGUUUGCAUCUAGCUCUUAUGCAGUAUAAAAGAAAAUUUUUUUGCCUUUCAAUGCCUUUCUUUGUGGAAGAAAGAAGCCUGUUUUUAAAUGGACUCUACCAUAACUUACUUGAAAUACUAUAUGUUUGUCCUCUAUGUAAACCAUGUUUCAGAUAAAUGAGUUUAGUAAGAUGUGAAAUAAACAUUUUGUUCACCUUUUAAGUUAAUGAAAUAAAAUUUGAAACUGA